ACGGCUCAGCAGUCGCUCUAUUUAAAGAGGCAACGCCAUGGCUCACGGGCACGUCAGACGGGAGUCUGUGGAAACGGAGAUGCACAAGUCGGAAGACAAAGCGAAGACGUUCGUUUACACGAAGAAGAGAGGCUACGAUGUGACCCGGAACCCCUACCUGAACAAGGGCAUGGCUUUCUCCAUGGAGGAGCGUCUCCAGCUGGGGAUCCACGGCCUGCUGCCUCCCUGCUUCAUCAGCCAGGACGUCCAGCUUCUGCGAGUGCUCAAGAACUACGACAUGAAGAGAGAUGACCUGGACAGAUACGUGUUCCUGAUGGGGCUCCAGGACCGCAACGAGAAGCUCUUCUACCGUUUGAUCACCUCGGAUGUUGAAAGGUUUAUGCCCAUCAUUUACACCCCCACCGUUGGCCUGGCCUGCCAGCAAUAUGGCCUCAUAUUCAGAAGACCCAGGGGUCUGUUCAUCACGAUUCAUGACCGCGGCCACAUUGGUUCGAUUCUUCAAAACUGGCCAGAAAAGGACAUUAAGGCUGUGUGUGUGACUGACGGAGAGCGGAUCCUGGGGCUCGGAGACCUGGGCUGCCAUGGGAUGGGCAUCCCAGUGGGCAAGCUGGCCCUGUACACGGCCUGCGGAGGCAUGCCGCCGCAGCAGUGCCUGCCUGUCAUGCUGGAUGUGGGCACAGAUAAUGAGGCCUUGUUGAAGGACCCCCUCUACAUCGGGCUGAGACACAAACGAGUGCGAGGUCAGGCCUACGACAACCUGCUGGACGAGUUUAUGAAAGCUGUGUCAGACAGAUACGGAAUGGACUGUCUGAUUCAGUUUGAGGACUUUGCGAACGUUAAUGCCUUCCGCCUGCUGAGCAAGUACCGCAACAAGUACUGCACGUUCAACGAUGACAUCCAAGGCACUGCAGCAGUAGCAGUUGCUGGACUUUUGGCUGCUCUCCGCAUCACCAAAAGCAAAAUGUGUGACCAUACCAUUGUGUUCCAAGGAGCAGGAGAGGCAGCGAUGGGGAUUGCUGAGUUGAUCACCAUGUCCAUGGAGAAGGAGGGACUCUCUAAGGAGGAGAGUUUGAAGAAAAUCUGGAUGGUUGAUUCCAAGGGUCUCAUUGUGAAGGGCCGAGACCACCUGACCCACGAGAAGGAGAGGUUCGCUCACAGUCAUUCACAGAUGAAAAGACUUGAGGACGUGGUCAAAGAACUGAGACCCACAGCCAUCAUCGGAGUGGCAGCAGUGGCCGGAGCCUUCUCUGAGCAGAUCAUCAAGGACAUGGCGUCCUUUAACGAACGCCCAAUCAUCUUUGCGCUGAGCAACCCCACCAGCAAAGCUGAAUGCACUGCUGAGCAGUGCUACUCGCUGACUGAGGGCCGGGCCAUCUUUGCCAGCGGCAGCCCGUUUGACCCCGUCACCCUGCCUGAUGGGAAGACUUUAUACCCCGGUCAGGGCAACAAUGCUUACAUCUUUCCUGGAGUGGGCUUGGGCGUCACUGCUUGUGCGAUUCGACAUGUGACCGAGGAGAUCUUCUUGACAGCAGCAGAGGCUCUGGCUCACAUGGUGACGGAUGGAGACCUGGCAGAGGGAAGACUCUAUCCUCCUCUCAGCUCCAUCAGACACGUGUCUCUUAAACUCGCCGCCAAGAUCAUGGAGUACGCCUACGAGCACAACAUAGCCACCCUUCGCCCUGAGCCCUCCGACAAGGACGCCUUUGUUCGCUCUCUAUGUUUCAAUACCGACUACGACGACUUUACAGCCGACACGUACCACUGGCCGGAGGACUGCAUGGCUGUGCAGUCAUGUAAACUUUAAUAAAAGUGUAAAGUAACAGCCGCUGUGCAAUGUCAUCACAAAAUCGGAAGAAAAGCUGCAUCAAAAUAAAUGUUAAUCUAACUCA